GUAAAACUACUCUGUGAUCUAUGGUGUACAUGUAAACCACUGAGGAAUCAGCAUGGUUAUAAUUUUAUAAAUUAUUUCUAACUGUUCUAGUUUUCUUCGAGUUUCUUCGAAGGCAAAAGUUGCUGUUAUUAUCACGAUAACGCGAUAUAUCUUGACAUUAUAUACAAUACAUUAUAAUGCAAAGCAAUCAUCAUGUCUGACAAAAGCACGAAGAAACAAACAGAAAACUUGUAUGCUACAAUCUUUUUAAGCGGAGUAGCAGGACUUUCUGCUAUGAUUGGUUUUUGCAGUGCCUUGUCAUCAGCUAAAAAACAAGAUACAAAAAGUUUCGAUAUGGGAGUCCUGGGAGGAAAAGGUCUUCCAGAGUCAGGAGCAAUGCUUGCUACAAGAGCACUUUUUUGGGGUUCUGUGUGGGCGAUUAGUGGAUGUGGAUUGCUUUUUUAUAGUAUUUGGAAGUUCUCUGGAGCUAAAACUGCCGAAGAAUUUCGAUUAAAAGUUGGAUCUCUGUUACCGCGUAUACCAAAGAAUGAUCCUCCUCAAAGUAGAACUGAAUUUGAGAACCUUACCGACUUGCUGAGAUAUGUCUCAGAGGAAUGGGGUAAAGAAAAAUAAGCUUGUUUGUUUACAAAUUAGAAUUGAAUGGAAAAAUAAUCAUAAAGAUUAUUUUAGUUUGUAAAUACAUUAGAAAUAAAAUAUUUAAUUUAAAAUGAGGUCAGAGAUGACACGUACAAAGUUGAUAAACAAUUAUUUUCAUACACAUUAAAUUUUGAAAGAAACGAAAUUGUUGUAUGUUCAAAAAGUUCAAGAAACUAUUUAUAAAGGGAAGUAUAUUUGAUGAUUACAUAAAAGUGAUCAAACUUGUUUGCGAGUACAGUCACCUUAGAGAAUACUAUGAUGAUUUCUAUUUUUUAAGUGGCUUCAUGUUUUAAUUUAUUAACGUUAACAGAAACUGUCAAGUCUAAUAUUAUGUAAAAGUAAAAUAUUAUGUUAUAUCUAAUAUUUAUGACAAUUUUCUGUACUAUUGUAUAUAUGUACAUGUGUAAUAGUAAUAAAUAAACCUUAAGUUGUCGACUUGUAUAUAAUGUAAAUAGUAAUAAAUUUUGUAUUGUAACUGUAACAAGAAAUAAGUUAUUAUCCAUGUUGUAAUUAAAUUAGGGGUAACUUUUUGUUUGUAUACAUAAAUUGUUAUACACAUGUAGAAGCAUUGUUUCAUUAAAUGUUUAUAAUAUAACAUUUGUUACAAAUUCAUUAAAUAUGUAAUACAUUAGCUGUUAUUUA